AUGCCGAACACUCCGAUUUCAAGAGGUAAGCUGUCAUGGGGUUGUUGUGAUGGAGGAUCUGCUCAUGAUGUAUUCCUGCGUUGUACCAAUUGUAAAAAAGUUUAUCACAAAUCUUGUCUAGCCUUACCUGAAAAUAUAGACAUGACAGAGUCAUCAUAUGGUUGGAAGUGUCCAUUAUGUACAAGUAAGGCUCCGAAAACGGGGAAGGAUGACAAUACGCCAGUAAGGAACAUUACUGUCAGAGGAAAUAAAAAACAACCAUGUUCCCCCCCAUGCAAAAGCAGUGAUACCCCAGUGACUACAGAGGAAGUAAAAGAAAUAGUGCAGACUGUGAUACAGAAGGAAAUGGAGAGCCUUUACAAUAAAAUGAGUAAAAGUAUACUAGACACAUUGAAUAAGCAACUAAAGGAUGUAAGUGAAGAAUUAUCAAAAGUAAAGGAAUCUAUAGAGUUUAUGAAUGCUGAAUUUGAAGAGUGUAAAAUGGAAAGUAUAGCUAUGAAAAAGAGUUAUAAAGAGCUUCAGGAUGAAAACUGCAAAGUAAAAUCUGCUGUUCAAGAACUAACGAUACGUGUCAACCAACUGGAGCAAAGCGCACGAUCAUCAAAUGCAGAAAUCCAAUGUGUUCCAGAAAGGAAGACGGAAAAUGUCUUAAAUAUUGUUAAGGAUAUAUGUAAGGUCAUUAACUGCAACAUAAGUGAUGAUAAAAUUGUAAACUGUACACGCAUUGCAAAAAUAAAUCGGAGCAGCCCCCGUCCACGUUCAAUUAUUGUUCAGUUUACAACACCUUUCAUACGCGAUCAGUUCUUGGCUUCAGCGAUUAAGUUUAAUAAAAUAGAUGUCUCCAACAAGCUGAAUUCAACUCAUCUCGGUAUUCCCGGAAAUAAGAUUCCUAUUUAUAUAUUGGAGCAUUUGUCUCCAGCUAACAAAGCUUUGCAUGCAGCCGCCAGGAUAAAAGCGAAAGAAAAUAACUUUAAAUACGUUUGGGUGAGGAAUGGACGAAUCUACAUGAGAAAGGAUGACAAUUCCAAGUAUCACCUCAUCAAAAACAUGAGUCUCCUGGAAAAAUUAGUAUAA